AGCGGAAACGCCACCGCACUCAUUUCAAAGAGACACCGCCGAGCUGCAGUAGCGAUAGAAGUCGUCACUCCUGAAGAUUUUAAAUGUUAAUUCAUUCGUCUCCUGACGAUGCUUCAUCCUCUGGACUGUUGCCGUCUACACAAGCCGGUGGAGAGAAUGACCUUCAGGGACACCGUACACGAGCUGCUCCGCUGACAGAUGAUGCGAUUAAUUCUUCAAGAGCACAAAGAUGAAAGGCGUCUGAACCUCUUAACAUGGAGACCGUAUGAACGUCUCUGGUGGACCGCCGGCGUUAAAGUCAACGGACUCGACCAGCGAUGGUGACGACCAAUCGGCUCCAUGAUCGGCUGGAUGUGAAGAGAACGUCUGGGUCUCUGCUGAAGAGGAGAGAAGGGUGGAGGUCUCUGCCGGCCGUCCAGAUGUCGCUGCUGAUGUCACAUCCUGGGUGGAGGUCUCUGCUGGCCGUCCAGAUGUCGCUGCUGAUGUCACAUCCUGGUACGUAAACAGUCCUUUAUUUUUAAACAUUGUUUGUGACACUUCGCUGUGAUGAAGCUUCUUCCUGCCAUUCGUAGUUUCCACCAGAGGUCCUAACGGACCCAUGACGGUCCAAACCUUCCUUGGAUGUCUGAGCGAAGUCGUCACGAUGACCGACGGCUCAACGUUUAGUCCAUCAGCUGACGUCUGUUUCUGUCCCGCAGGUAGAAACCUGGAGCUGCACUGAAACGAGGAUUCUUCAACCAACAAAGAAAUAAAGAUCGAUAAAGUUGAACUGUUGUCUCAAAGUGUCUUCAUGGUAUAAAGGAGUUUCUCUAUUUCACUAGAUAGAAUGAGCAACAAUCUGCCUGGUUUGAUCUCUUAUUUAAUGUUAAAUUGGAUUUAAUGCAGAUUAUAUUAAAGUAUUGGUAUAUUGUCAAAUGAGCAAAGUACUACAUACACGCAGCAUAUUACUGGGCUAAAAUAUAUUGUUUUAAUGACAGCUGGAUAGAGAUAUGUGGAUGUUACAAUUUGGGCAUUAUUUAACAUCGUAAAAUGGACUCCCUAAGAAGCUCUCAUUGGACUAGCACUCAUGAUUUUGUUUAAUCAACACAUCUGUGAAACUGAGUUUUCCACAAAGAAUCUCAUAAAAACACAACUUUUAAUCUGGAGUUUCUUGGAAAUUUGUCAUUCAGCAUAAAAAUAUUAUAAACUGUUAUUCGACUAAAGAGAACUUGGUCCUUAAGACCAAAGCAAUCCAUUAGUCGACUAAGAUGCAGAAAUUGUGAAUUAUUAUACAGAUGGAUGUGAAUUAAUCUAUUAUGGAUUAAGUUACCCAACAGUACCAGAUGACACUUAAAAAGUAAGGCAUGGGUGCUUUUACUUAAAGGGACGGUUCACAUCAAAGUUUUUAAAACUUGCUCUCCUGUUUGAACCAUAAAGUCGCAUUACAAUCAAGAGGAGGCAGAAACAUGAAUAACGUGUAUUUUUGUGUGAAUUGUCCCUUAAAUGACUCACUUAAGAUUUAACUUGUAAUAGUUUUAUUACACUGACUUUUUCCUCUACCCCUAUAAAUAUAUUUGCUUUUUUACUCCCAGAGUUCUGACCCUCUUGGGCUUCCGUACUCGGAGCUGCUGUCAGAGCAGUGUUAGCCCUGCUAGCUGUUUACCGGGCUAGCCUGCACCGGGUGACGAUAACAAACAAUGGCGGGUGUGCACCCACAGGUGAGUAAGCCGGAGGUAAUCCCACAUCUGUUGAACCCAACAUGAUGCUUUUAACGUUUCGAUGAACUAAAACAGCCGUUAACGGCGGCUAACGUUAGCUGAUGUUGGCUAACGUUAGCCGCCUAGCUCAGGUCAGCUGUGCACGAGCUGUCGGUGCUGAUGUUGGGACGUGGCAGCACAGAGUUAUCAAAGACAGGAAGCUCCUUAUUUCAUCAUGCGUUGUGUUUCAUUCUACUCUUAUUAACGGGGCGUGUUAACCUAAAUACAACGUGUCCAGUGAGACCACAGCUGCUGUUUGUGUUACAGGACGACCUGCUGAAGAUGACUCACAGAGAGAACUGGAAGGUGCAGCAUGAGCGUCUCCACGUGAAGCACCGUGGUCAUGAGGCCAUGCAUGCAGAGAUGGUGAUGAUCCUCAUCGCCACGCUGGUGGUGGCUCAGAUAGUCCUGGUGCAGUGGAAGCAGCGGCACCACCGCUCCUACAACCUUGUGACGCUGGUCCAGAUGUGGGUGGUCCCUCUUUACUUCACCAUCAAGCUGUACUGGUGGAGGUUCCUCUCCAUGUGGGGCAUGUUCUCCGUCAUCACCAGCUACGUCAUCUUCAGAGCCACUCGCAGGCCGCUGUCCUGCAGGACGCCCAGGAUGGUGUAUAAAUGGUUCCUGCUGAUCUACAAGCUGAGCUACGCGGUGGGCGUCCUGGGCUACCUGGCCAUCAUGUUCACCAUGUUCGGCUUCAACGUCUUCUUCAGGAUCAAGGCGGAGGACUCGAUGGACGUCGGUGUGAUCAUGCUGUUCUACGGGCUUUACUACGGCGUCAUGGGCAGAGACUUCGCUGAAAUCUGCUCCGACUACAUGGCUUCUACAAUCGGGUACUACAACAAGGGCGGCAUGCCCAGCAGGAGUCUGACCGACGACAUCUGCGCCGUGUGCGGUCAGAGGAUCCUGGUGGACGUGGAGGAGGAAGGCUUAAUAGAAGACACCUACCAGCUGUCCUGUGGACACAUCUUCCACGAGUUCUGCAUCCGCGGCUGGUGCAUUGUGGGUAAGAAGCAGACGUGUCCGUACUGCAAUGAGAAGGUCGACAUGAAGAGGAUGAUGAACAACCCCUGGGAGAAGACUCAUGUCCUCUACGGGCAGCUGCUCGACUGGCUCAGAUACCUGGUGGCCUGGCAACCCAUCAUCAUCGGCGUCGUCCACGGGAUCAACUUCACGCUGGGCCUCGAGUAGAGCCUCGAGGACCCGGCUCAGGCCUCCUCUGGACUCUGUUUGUUUGUGGUCCCAGGUGGUCUGGGUCUCCGUGUGCCUAGAAGGACACCGUGAUGCCAUAAAACACAAAAACAAACUGCUGCCAACUUGAAGCACAGAUCCAGUAUUUGAUCAUUGGACACGAGGAAGACGUACGUGGAGUUGCAGCUGAAGGAAACGUUGGCUUCCUCGUGAUGAAUCCUGGUUUUAAGUCAAAAGGCCUUUUUAAACCGUUUCAUUGCACACUGCUGGUGCUGCUGAACGCCACUUCAGAGACUCCACUGCAGAAAGGACUCUUCUGUCCCAGUUGCUGUGUUGCAUAACCCGUUUACAUUUCAUGCAACUUUGUUUAUUACGAAAUUUUUCUUUUGGAACGUUUUAUGUUUUGUUUUAAGCUAAAGUUGAUGCUAAAUGCUCCAGUUUGAGUCAGAAUGUCACAAUUGUUUCUUAACGUGACUCGUUAUCACUGCAGCUGUGUGUAUAUAUAUAUAUAUAUAUAUA